AUGGCCCGGGGGCUCCGCGGGCUCGCGGGCUGCUCCCCUCGCCUGCCCUCGCCCGGCCCCGCCCAGCCCCGAGCCGCGUCGUCGCCGUUCCCCGAGCUGUUCCGCGGGCUGGGCCUGGAUGAGCGGCCUCUGGAGAGGCCCCUCGGCCGGGGCGGCGCUGGCGAUUGCAGGGCUGUGGCUGCGCCCGGCCCGCUGCAGAAGGAGGAGGAGAAGGACAAGGGGGCAGCGCUGGUGGCGCUCCCCACGCGGCUGACCGCAGCCCCCUGGGGACGCAGGAUCCUGUGGAAAGGCAGAGGGGACCCGCUGCCCACCCAGCCUGGACGCGCCGCCACCGCCGUGCCCGCCCCGUGCCCGCCCGGCCCCCAGCCCUGCCCGAUGCCCGUGCCCACCCCGGAGACCCCCCCAGCUGCUGCCAGGCCGGCCCAGGGGACGAAGGCGGUGGCGAAGGGAGCCGCCAUCCCCGUGGGGCUGAACUUCGUGAAGAUCCACUGCCAGAACGAAGCUGUCUACCAGUACCACGUGACCUUCAGCCCCGAGGUGGAGUGCAAGGCUGCCCGCUUUGCCAUGCUGAAGGAGCAGCACGCCGUGACCGGGGACGUGAUGGCCUUCGACGGCUCCAUCCUCUUCCUGCCCAUCCAGAUCCCCAAGGUCAGCCUGAAGGCUCAGAGGAGCAGCGACGGGCAGGAGAUCUCCAUCAACAUCCAGAUGACCAAAAUCCUGGAGCCCAGCUCGGAUCUCUGCAUCCCCUUUUACAACGUGGUGUUCCGCAGGGUGAUGAAAAUCUUAAACAUGAGCCUGGUUGGGAGACAUUUCUUUGAGCCUGCCCAGGCCACCACCCUUCAGAAAUACAGCCUCCAUAUCUGGCCGGGAUACGCCGUCAGCAUCCGGAGGAAGGACGGGGGGCUCUUCCUCAUGGUGGACGCCAUCCACAAGAUCAUCCGCAGCGAGUCCGUGCUGGGCGUGAUGCAAACCAUCCACUCGCAGAGCCAGAGGUCGUUCCAGGACGAGUGCACCAAGCAGCUGGUGGGCAGCGUGGUCAUGACUCGCUACAACAACCGCACCUACCGUGUGGAUGACAUCGACUGGGACAAGACCCCCAAGGACACUUUCACCCUGGCCAGCGGGCAGGAGAUCACCUUCGUGGAGUACUACAGCAAGACCCACGGGAUCACCAUCAGGGAACUGGACCAGCCCCUGCUUGUCCACAAGCCCAAGGAGAAACAGACACCAGAGGGGAGGCGCCAGCUGAAGAUGGUGCUGCUCGUGCCAGAGCUCACCUUCCUCACCGGCCUCUCCGACCUCCGCAAGAACAGUCGGAUGCUGAAGGAGGUGAUGUGGGAGAUGGUGCAGAGUCCCCAGCAGCACUACCAGCGCCUCACCAGCCUCCUGCGCCGCAUCCGCGACACCGCGGACGCCUCCCGGGAGCUGGAGCGCUGGGGGCUGCUCCUGGACACGGAUAUCUACAGGACCCAGGGUCACAUCCUGCCCGUGGAGCGCAUCAACCUCCGGCACCGCUCCUUCCAUCCCGCCGAGGAGCUGGGCUGGCACCGCGAGGUGACGAAGGAGGUGCCCAUCGCCGUGAUCUCCAUCAACUCCUGGCUCCUGAUCUAUCCCAAGCGGCUGCAGCACCUGGCCAAGGACCUGCUGGCAGCCAUGAGGAGCAGCUGUGGGGCCAUGGGGAUGCAGGUGGGACAGCCCACGGUGCAGGAGCUGCGGGACGACCGCAUCGAGACCUACGUCAGGGCCAUCCAGAGCUCCUUGGGGAGCCAGGACAAGGUGCAGCUGCUCCUGUGCAUCAUCCCCAGCGGCCGGGACGACGUCUACGGGGCCAUCAAGAAGCUUUGCUGUGUGCAGAGCCCGGUGCCCUCCCAGGUGAUCAAUGCCCAGUCCCUCAUGGGCCAUCCUGGCAAGAUCAGGAGCGUGGUGCAGAAAGUUCUGCUGCAGAUCAACUGCAAGCUGGGCGGGCAGCUCUGGGGGGUUGACAUCCCACUGAAGCAGCUGAUGGUCGUGGGCAUGGACAUCCACCACAGCAGGAGCCAGGGCAUGCGCUCUGUCAUCGGCUUCGUGGCCAGCAUGAACCACAUCCUCACCAAGUGGUACUCCAGGGUGGUUUUCCAGAUGCCCCACCAGGAAAUCGCCGACAGCCUCCGGCUCUGCCUCUCCCAGGCCCUCAAGCGCUUCUACGAGCUGAACCACUCCCUGCCCAUGAAGAUCGUGGUGUACCGGGACGGGGUGUCCGACCCCCAGCUGGACACGGUGCUCAAGUACGAGGUGCCCCAGCUCCAGAAGAGCUUCCACACCUUCCAAAAUUACCAGCCCAGCCUCGUGGUUGUGGUUGUCCAGAAGCAGCUGAGCGCCAACUUCUACUGCCUGACAGGAGAGGAGUUUGUGUCCCCUCCCCUGGGCACCGUCAUCGACCACGGCGUCACCAGCUCGGGCCGGCAGGAUUUCUUCCUGCUGGCCCAUCACUCCCGGCAGGGCUGCAGCAUCCCCACGCGCUACAUCUGCAUGUGGAACACGGCCAACCUCAGCUCCGAGCACCUCCAGAGGCUGACCUUCAAGCUGUGUCACCUGUACUGGAACUGGCCGGGCACCGUCCGUGUCCCUGCCCCCUGCAAGUACGCCCACAAGCUGGCAUUCCUGGUGGGCCAGGUCCUGCACCACGAGCCCAGCGCCCACCUCUGCGAGCAGCUCUUCUUCCUUUAGCCUGCCAGGACCCAGGAAUCCGGGAUUGCACCGGGAAAUCCGGGAUUGCGCCUGGAAUUCUG